AUGGAUCAUCAACUCGAGCAGCUUCUGCCAGCACUGAGCGCCCGCCCAGCUCUCUGCAAGUCGCUGCUUCCGGGGCUUCUGGAUUGCGUCGCCAACAUCGCCCAUGCCCUGCGCAAGUCGCACCAUGUCGCCCUCGCUGGUACCGCAAAUGCCUUCGGCGACGACCAGCUCAAUGUCGACGUCGUGGCCGAGGACAUUCUCCGCGCAGCCCUUUCCCGAUGCCCAGCGGUUGCGACGGUUAGCAGCGAGGAGGACCCGACGGAACGGGUCGUCAACAGCGCGUCAGCCUUUGCCGACAAGAGCGAGCGGUAUGCCGUUGCGUUUGACCCGCUCGACGGGAGUUCCAUUAUUGGCCCCAACUGGACCGUCGGCACCAUCGUUGGCAUUUGGGAUGGCACAUCGGCGCUGCGUCAGUCCCCUGCGGACAAGAUGAUUGCCGCCGUCCUCGGUAUUUACGGCCCUCGCACCACCGCCAUCCUCGCCAUCCGCCUCCCGGGGUCCGAGCCCGUGUGCUUGGAGAUCGCCAUCGGCGUCCGAAGCGAGAGUGGCCAGUGCUGCUCCACUAUCCUCCGCCCUGCUGUGGCCUUUGCCAAAGCGCCGUUCAAGACGAGGUACUUUGCUCCAGCGAAUCUACGGGCAGCCGCGGAAUGUCCGUCGUACAUGCGGCUUAUUGCGCACUUCGUGGAGAACAAAUACACGCUGCGGUACAGUGGUGGUUUAGUCCCGGACCUGGUUCACGCCCUCGUCAAGGGCCAUGGUGUGUACGUGUCGCCUGUCACCGCCACCAGCACGGCAAAGUUGCGUCGCCUGUAUGAGCUCUGUCCAGUGGCGCUCGCCAUGGAAUGCGCCGGCGGCAGGGCCAUUGACCCUGACACGGGCGACGACAUUCUAGCGCGACCUCUGGAUAGCUGCGACGAGAGGGCCGGCCUCGUGUGCGGCACUCCCGAUGAGGUCAGCCUUGUGAGGGACUUCUUUCUCGGAGCUUUCGGGGUGAGUGAAUGA